AUGAAACACAUUCUCUUCGGUGAUCUUGAAAAAGGUUAUGGUCUCAAACAUGAAUACCUUGAUCAUGUGGGUGUUUAUAAUCGAGCCGUUGAGCAAGUGACUAGUACAGCUAAAAAAUUGCGUAAAUUACAACAAGAAAGAAAUCCAGGAGGAGAUGAAAUAUGGCCAAAAAUGUUAUAUGGUUUGCACAGCCAUGGUCUAUUCCCUGCCAAUAGUCCCCUCUCCACUCACAUUACCAUGUUUGUGGAUGUUAUAAAAGGUCAAGGUACCCCUGAACAAAUCGAAAAGUGGGGUAAGGCGGCUGAGAAUUGUAAUAUAAUUGGUACUUAUGCUCAGACAGAAUUGGCACAUGGCACCAAUGUCCGAGGUAUACAAACACGAGCAGAUUAUGAUCGUAAUACGGAAGAGUUUGUUUUGAAUACACCUUGCUUGCAGGCCUAUAAAUGGUGGCCGGGGGGAUUGGGUCACACUGCCAAUCAUGCCAUGGUGGUGGCACAACUUUACAUUGAUGGCCAGCACAAAGGUAUACAAAUGUUUAUUGUGCAAUUGCGUGAUUUGGAGACACACAUGCCUUUGCCCGGCGUGGAUAUUGGCGAGAUUGGUAAAAAAGUGGGCAUGGCUGCUGUUAAUCAAGGCUUCUUGGGUCUUAAAAAUGUACGCAUUCCACGUACAAAUAUGUUAAUGAAAAACGCUAAAGUAAUGCCAGAUGGUUCAUUUCAACAAAGUCCUGCCUCAAAAUUAUCCUAUAUGACUAUGGUCUACACUAGAUGUUUAAUAGUAAAUUUAGAUACUUCUUAUCUAUUGGAGGCAGCUACUAUUGCUACACGUUAUGCAGCUGUAAGGAGACAAAGUCCCAUAAAUCCGGACGAUCCCGAACCCCAAAUUAUGGAUCAUGUUACACAACAGUUAAAACUUUUCCCCGAAGUCGCUACCGGUAUGGCCUACCAUAUGUCAGCCGAAUACAUGUGGGAAUUAUACAAUCAAACUGUUGAAGAAAUCAAUAAUGGCAAAUAUACCCGUUUACCCGAAAUGCAUGCCUUAUCGUGUGCUCUCAAAGUACUCUGUACUACAGAUGCCUGUGCGGGUAUUGAACGAUUACGUUUAGCUUGUGGCGGUCAUGGUUUUUUGACUGCUGCCAAUAUUGGAAAUAUUUAUGGUAAUGCUGUGGCGGCCUAUACAUAUGAAGGAGAAAAUACUGUACUCUUACUGCAAAUAGCAAGAUUUUUAAUGAAAUCCUGGUCGCACUUAAGUGAAGGCAAACCUAUGUUGGCAAGUGUUGAGUACUUAAGGCAGGGCUUAAAAACAGACUCAUUUCCCAAAUGGAACAAUUCAUGGGAGUGCAUUGUUAAGGCUUUACAGUAUACCGCAGCACAUAAAACCCGUUUGGCAUUUAAAAGCUUAUCGCGUAGAAUGUUAGCCGGACAAACUCAACCAGAAGCUUUUAAUAACAGUGGCAUAGCACUGAUACAAGCAGCUGAGCUUCAUGGACGUCAAUUUGUGGCCGCCACCUUCCUACAACAAAUUACUGGUCCUAAAACUUCUCAACUCUCCAAGAAUGCGAAAUCAUUUUUAGAAGCUUUAUUGGAAUUGUAUUUAGUUAAAACCGCUCUAACACAUAUGAACGAUAUUUUACGUUUCAUUAAUGUUAGUGAAGACGAUUUGCAGUCUCUACAAGAUCGCUUAGAAUUGGCUCUGACGAAAAUACGUCCCAAUAUAGUGGCUUUCACUGAUGGCUUCGACUUUCCCGAUGGUGUUUUGAAUUCAGUUUUGGGUUCUUACGAUGGCAAUGUUUAUGAACGUCUUUUUGAAUCGGCUAAAAUGAGUCCUUUAAAUCAAAAGCCCGUACCAGAUUCGUUUGAGAAGCAUUUAAAACCAUUUAUAAAAUCAAAAUUGUAAUACAUAUAUGUAUUUAUUUUGUUAUGUAAAUUAUUUAUGUACUAUUGUAUACACAUGUGUGUAUGUUUGUGUAUCUUGAUUUGAAUGUUAAUAACAUGAUGUGAUAAGUAUUUUGUGCAUCCCUGUAAAUAAAUUUAAUCCAAAGAUUGAUAAAGAGUGUA